UCCCUCUCCAACCACGAUCUCACUAUUUAGCCUUAUAUAAUUUUGCAUAGUAAUUUUUUUUGGUGCACAGCAGCCGGCUGGUAGCUUACCGGAACGAUGCCCAUCCGUUACCGGUAGCUCAGCCAGCUUGCACCAGUUGCAUUUUUUUCUCCUUUUUUCCAUGUAUUGCGGCACAGUAGCUGAGGUGUUCCCCACCUCUAGCUAACGUGUAUGAUGAUGAUGAUGAGUCCCCUUGAACUGAAGAAGACGGCGGAUGGACCAUUCACAAAUAUUGUGCAGUUGGUUUUGAAGCUGUAUAUAGUUGUCUGGCACUUUCAUCGGACACUAAACUUUGAUCUCGUCGAUGCAAAUCAAACCGUUUGAAGUACUAAAGUUCACCAGAUCUUUUCUGAAAAGUAAUAACCAGCAAACCAAAAUACUGAGCCUUGUAGCACACCGCAUUCUAAUCUUAUAGUGUUUGGUACAGAGUCACGAAUGCUCACAUACAGACGGCUGUGCAAGAGGAAGUUAUUGAUCCACCCUCGGAGGGGAUCACCAGUGCUGUUGGAGCGCCCAAAAAGAUAACUCUUAUCUUUCAUGUACAAUUUACUUGUUGACCGAUUGUACAUUACUCCUUCUUGUUUUAAUCUUACAACCGGCUCGACACACAACUGCCUUGUAAGUCCCCGCGCUCACGUGUACGCUCUUGCCUCGCUUCAUCCGUCCGCUUCUUGUUGUAGCCCAUCGAAUACAGUCCGCUGUGUCCGACUCCAAUUGCCUUCUGAUAUCCGCGCUUAAUUCCGCGCAUCGUCUCGGACUAGUAUUAACUAGUCCUACAAAAUUGAUGACCCCGAUUCGCACGCGCGAAUUCAAUUUUUUUCUCGUUUGUAUUUUUUGGUGAGUUCGUUCCUUUUUCUUGAUUAUAUACCUAUAUUCAUUUGUUUCUUGCGUAAUUUUAGUACUUUUAUCGUAUUUUGUUCAUUCUUUAUCUUUCGACUCACAUUUCGAGAGUGGCAUCUGAGUCGUUUCACAGCGUAACCAUGCUUACUUUGGCUGUUCCAAGUUUCAUGGAACACAGUCCAGAAGUUUGGUUUAAGAUAUUCGAGAUCGAACUAGAAAAUAAGGGCAUAACGGCGGACCGUCCGAGGUACAAUCAGCUCGUCCCACGCCUUCCUCCGUCGGUAGUGACGCUGAUUGAGGACAUUCUACUCUGCCCAUCGAAUGAGGCAAAGUAUGAAACGAUGAAGCAAGCGAUUUUGAAAGAGUUACGGCCCAGCGCACGAACUCGAUUUGAGCAGCUCAAUGGUCUCAGGCUUGGAGAUCGCAAGCCGUCGGCAUUGCUCCGCGAACUUCAGCGCAUCGCUGGUCCCUUAUUCUUGAGCGAAGAAGGGAUAAAGGAGCUGUGGUUUGCACGUCUCCCAGAGCCAUUGCCGAUAAUGCUGUCCAUGUUUAUAGAUGCACCCCUGAAAGACUUAGCUACCAAGGCAGACGCUGCGUUCGAACGUUUUCCGCAGCAGACGACCAGUAACUCCGGUGACGUAUUCUCACCGAUGAAAACCGAAUCUCAUGUUUGUUCCCAGUCGCUAGACCGAUCUGACUCUAAAGACGAGGAAAUUGCGCUACUUCGCAGCAAGAUAGCAGCAAUGAAGGCUUCAAAGCAGCGUGUGCCACGGUCAAAUGCUGACCACGUUUUGGCUACCGUUCAUUGCGGCUCGUCUGUGCCUGCACCGAGUACGUCACGUUCGGCACGAAAGCGUAACAUUUUCCCUACAAGUUCUCAGUCAGAUAAUGUCAAACCCGUCGAAGAAGUAUGUUGGUAUCACCGCCAAUACGGUGGAAGAGCUAGACGUUGUCGGGCUCCCUGUAUUAGGCACGACCCAGGGAAAACGAAUAGCCCGCAUACUAGCACUACAAACGUAUCAUUCAAUAACCAAGCAAACCGACUGUUUUACGUUAAGGAUCGACGUUCUUCCAUCACGUUCCUCAUCGACACGGGAGCGGAAGUCAGCGUCAUCCCAGCGACCGCUAGCGACAAGCACUCGAAGCCUACGUACAAUUUGCGUGCGGCCAACGGUUCUCCGAUAGCUUCAUUCGGUCAGCGCAUGAUGAACCUAGACCUCAAUCUUCGCCGAGAUUUUCAGUGGGUCUUCAUGGUUGCGUCUGUACCCUUCGCAAUUAUCGGUAUCGACUUCCUCCGACAUUUUGGGUUGCUUGUUGAUGCUGGUCGCCACAGACUUUUAGGCGAUCGUACGAAACUAGGUGUUGAUGGUGUCCUUUCAGAUGCCCCGAUAAUCAGCCCUGUAUUUCGGAUCGCAGACGCACCGUCCGACUACUUGAGCCUCCUCUCCGAACACCCGCGACUGGUUCGACCGGCUGCAGAGCUUCCACCAGUCACGACAGAGGUCGCUCACCACAUAGUUACGCGCGGUCAACCAGUUAGCGCACGACCAAGACGGCUUGCUCCAGACAAACUACGGGCAGCACGAGCCGAAUUUGACCACAUGCUUCAACUUGGUAUCGUCAGACCGUCCAACAGCCCAUGGGCGUCGCCUCUGCACAUGGUCCUGAAGAAGGUCAUGGGUGACUGGCGUCCUUGCGGCGACUACCGAUCCUUGAAUACGGUGACCACGCCUGAUCGCUAUCCGAUCCCACACAUAGUGGAUCUCACCGCCAGUCUGGCAGGUAAAAGUAUCUUCAGCAAAAUCGACUUGGUACGCGCAUACAACCAAAUUCCGGUAGCCGAAGCGGACAUCGCUAAAACUGCCGUGACGACUCCAUUUGGUUUGUUCGAGUUUCUGCGCAUGCCUUUUGGUCUAAGGAAUGCCGCGCAAACUUUUCAGCGCUUCAUCGACCAAGUUUGUCGCGGCUUAGACUUCGCUUACGCGUAUCUCGAUGACAUAUUAAUCGCAAGCUCUUCACGAGAAGAGCAUAUGCGCCAUCUACGAACGCUUUUUGAUCGUUUAUCUCAACACGGGGUGACGAUCAACGCAGAAAAGUGUUCGUUUGGUGUCGAUUCAGUCAACUUCCUCGGCCAUCGUAUCUCUUCUGCAGGCGUCGUGCCACUGCAGGAUAAAAUUCAAGCCAUCAUCGACUACCCCGAGCCUCAUUCUUUCAAACAGCUCAGGCGUUUUGAUGGCCUUGUCAACUUUUACCGACGAUUUAUACCCAACUGCGCCUCGCUGAUGCAACCCCUCACGGACCUUCUCCGAGGGAAACUCAAGAAAUUCGAAUUUCCUGCCUCAGCACGCGCUGCUUUUAAGUCGCUGAAAGAGGCUAUCGCCAACAUAGCUUCUGUAGCGCAUCACGAUCCGGCCGCCCCACUGUCCCUCAGUACGGACGCCUCGGACGUGGCAGUCGGCGCUGUUUUGCAGCAACGCGUAGCCGACACGUGGCAGCCCUUAGCGUUUUUCUCCAAACGUCUACAACCUACCGAAUCUCGCUACAGCACGUUCGGUAGAGAACUACUAGCAGUGUAUCUAGCGAUACGUCACUUUCGACACGCCUUAGAAGGCCGCUCCUUUGCCGUCUUCACCGACCACAAACCCCUGACUUACGUGCUCGGCUCGACUACCGACCGAUACUCUCCUAGAGAGUCGCGCCACCUUGACUACAUCGCUCAGUUUACGACCGAUAUACGGCAUGUCUCAGGUGUGCACAACGCCGUCGUCGAUGCACUUUCCCGCAUUCAAGCUAUUUCCGCUGACGCCGGCACUGCUAUCGACUUGGCAGCCAUGGCCACAGCACAACUCAACGAUCCUGAGGUUGAUCUACUACGCAGGUCUCCCUCAUUGGAUAUACGACCCGUUCCGCUGACAUCAUCAGACGGAACGAUACUCUGCGAUUUAUCUCUGGACACGCCGCGCCCAGUCGUCCCACGCGAGUUUCGGCAGACCGUGUUCGACACGUUGCACGGCUUGUCUCAUCCAGGCGUUCGUGCAUCGGUUAAACUCGUAACCGCACGAUUCGUUUGGCGCAAUGUUAAUCGGGACGUCCGUACCUGGGCAGCUGCUUGCCUUCCGUGUCAACGCGCGAAGGUGCACAAGCACACGAGAAGCCCAUUAGGCACGUUUCCGACGCCAGACGCACGUUUUCAUCACGUGCACAUCGACCUCGUAGGUCCUCUGCCGCCUUCCAAAGGCUAUGUGUAUCUGCUGACCUGUGUCGAUCGAUUCACUAGGUGGCCGGAAGCUAUUCCUAUACCUAACUGCUCUUCGGAAACAGUAGCGAAAGCUUUUCUGGAGCGUUGGGUAGCUCAAUACGGCUGUCCCGCCAUCGUGACCACCGAUCGAGGGUCACAUUUCUCGUCGACCUUUGCCACGUUGCUUAAGGAUUUAGGCUGUCGCCACGUUCAGACGACAGCGUAUCAUCCGGCCGCUAACGGCAUGGUGGAGCGUUUUCAUCGCCAGUUGAAGGCAGCGCUACGUGCGCACGCAGAUCCUUCAUGGUCUGAAACGCUUCCCCUCGUUCUCUUAGGCUUAAGAAACACGGUUAAGACCGACUUCGACGCCACACCAGCGCAGCUAGUCUACGGUUGCACGCUGCGGUUGCCCGGACAGCUGGUAGCACCAGCCCCAUGUACUUCCACUUUUGACUACGGAAGUUACACUGACCGAUUGGCUCACCAGAUGCGUGAGCUACGUCCACCCGCUCCUCGAUCGCAGAAGACACCAGUGUACGUGCCCGAGAAGCUGUCUACGUGUUCACACGUCUUUCUUCGCGCAGACGGUGUUCGACAGCCUCUUCAGUCGCCGUACAUAGGACCCUUCAAGGUGCUGCAUCGUGCGAGUAAGGCGUGCACUAUUGACCGCGGUGGUCGACACGAAGUCGUCACCAUCGACCGUCUAAAACCCGCCUUCAUGGAAGAAAACCCCUCGCCUACUUCGUCUAGUAGUGCUUCGUGCGACGUCACAACUCAUCGCACCAACUUACAGCAUCGUAGUCCAGUUCAUCCAGACCACGAUCUCGGUCUACAAGCCGUCCCAACAUCUCCCGAAUCUAGCGCGCCGCCUCCCACGACCAAUCGCCGUGGUCGGGAGGUGCGUAAGCCCGUCCGUUUCUCCGACUAUGUACAGUGUAAAUAUUUUUAGCUUUGUAGAUAUUGUAUACAUUUGCCCCGUUUUUGGUCGAUUAACGUUUUGAAAACAAACAAAAAUAUCAAAAAACCUCCGCAAAACCUUUUACGAAAAAAAUAUUCAAAAACCAAAAAAUAUUUAAACACGCAGAUCAUUCGUUUGUUCUUUUUGGCGUUUUCUGCGCGUGUUUUUCUAUUUUCUCGUCUCUACAUGCCCCAACCCUCCCCUUCGAUCGACUGGCCCCCACGAGGAAUGUUUUCGAGGACCCUGACGCGAACACUGGUCGUUUCUCCGCGGGACGAGUGUCGUUUCUCCGUGGGACCAUGGUCGUUUCUACGUGGGACGAGGGUCGUUUUGGCGCGGGGCGGGGUGCGGCGGGGGGAGAGACCACUCCCAAGCGCACCGUUUGGCAGCAGCGGAGGUUGAGGUCCUGUCGGCCUUUUUCUGGGCUAGCCAGUUUUUUGUAGUCCGACAAGCCCGCUCCAACGGCUCGCCGAAAUGCACCCUGCCCUGCAUUCAAUAAAUAACAAAUCAUAAACGGCACAGCGGACUCCGACUUCCGACGAACCCCCAUUUACACGAACACACGCCCAUUUUUACUCGGCACGAUUUCGCCUUACGAACCUUGUUUCAAUAUUCCUUUUCGAUUUCGAAGGCUUUCUAUGUUCAGCCUUCUAGGGAGGGGAGCUCUGUAGCGCCCAAAAAGAUAACUCUUAUCUUUCAUGUACAAUUUACUUGUUGACCGAUUGUACAUUACUCCUUCUUGUUUUAAUCUUACAACCGGCUCGACACACAACUGCCUUGUAAGUCCCCGCGCUCACGUGUACGCUCUUGCCUCGCUUCAUCCGUCCGCUUCUUGUUGUAGCCCAUCGAAUACAGUCCGCUGUGUCCGACUCCAAUUGCCUUCUGAUAUCCGCGCUUAAUUCCGCGCAUCGUCUCGGACUAGUAUUAACUAGUCCUACACUGUAUCCCUGAAGCUUGACCAGUGGAAUGCAAUAGUUCCUCCGGUUGAAUUGGUUACUGUUGUGACCGAUUCAUCACCAUGUCACCAGUCCUGUUUCAUUUGCCGACUGAAACAAAGCAACUCUCCACCCAUUGGCUGUGUGAAAUCCGGACGGUUAAAGUUGAGUAUUCUCUGUGUUGAGUCUGCUACCCCUUGUUUGAACACUGAUACACAUCCUGCAUUUUCUGUUGCCUUUUUGAUCCAAGUAAACAUUUCAAGUAGACAUUAAAGAAAAACUGCAAGGUCCACUGCUAGAGUGAUGUAAGGAUUCUGAGAACCUAUGAAUAAAUUUUGCCUAACCAGCGGUAGUGCCUUCUAGGUAAAAUACUGUAGUUUGCUUGCGAUAGCUGUUAAAGCAACGGUUACACUGGACAAACUGAUGUUGUUUACUUGGGGAAAGUUAGCGAGAAUUAUCCAUGGCUUUUAUAGCCAUCUAGCCAAACAGCAGGAGCAGAAUGUUCGCGGUAGCCACAGCAGUAGUCGUUAGGCCACCAUCCGUCAUGUGUGGUGGCAGCCCCAAAUUAAUCUUUCUGGCGCCGUACACAUACUUGUAAGGCAGUUACAGAUUGCUUGUAAAAUUGAGUACCGUAGCCUCCUGUCAUUCGUGCUUAUCAGCUCUGAGGAGUGAUGUGCAGUAGCUUCUGACAAUCUCG